AUGUUAGUCGCGGCAUUCCUGCGCAAUGGCCUGGGGCUGCUGGUGCCUCUGGCGAUAGCCUGCACCAUCUAUCUCUAUCUCUAUCCCUACUUCGGCGGCUGCGCGUUUCCCCUGCCCUCGAGAGACGCCAGAGAAGCCCUCGAGGCAACCAAGCGGCUGCAUUGGCCCUUCAACAGAACCGACGCCGACGCGAACUCGACCGCAGACCAUGUCCCGACCCGGCUGGCGCCCUUCCGGCUCCUCGCCCUGGGAGAUCCCCAGCUCGAGGGCGCCACCUCGAUCCCGACGGAAAUCCUCGGCACGUUCCCUCACGUCACCAGCAUCUACGAGCGUGUCACCUAUCAGACGGAGCACUGGUGCUUUCGAGAGCGCCUCCGUUGGAUAGCGCACGACAUUGUCGACAUCUUCUUCGAAGACAUCUUCUACUAUCUCGAGUCGUGGCGCAAGCGAUUGGAUCACGUCGGCAACGACUUCUACCUCGCGCACAUAUACAGGACGAUGCACUGGUGGACGCGUCCAACGCACGUGAGCGUCCUCGGAGACCUUUUGGGCAGUCAGUGGAUUGAAGAUGAAGAGUUUGAGAAGAGAGGCUGGAGGUUCUGGCAGAGGGUCUUUCGCGGCGGCGAGAGAGUGCCGGAUGAGGUGGCCGCGUGGCCGGCAUACGAGUAUGACCUGGCCGGCAUGCUGGACGGCUCCGAGGAGGAGCAGGUCUGGGCACGGAGGAUCAUCAACGUUGCCGGUAACCACGACAUUGGAUAUGCCGGCGACCUGACACAGGAGCGAUUGGAACGGUUCGAGCGCGUCUUUGGCAAGGUCAACUACGAGCUCCGAUUCGGCAUCCCGCUCAACGACUCGGCCGUGUUGGCCACCAUCCACGACGACGAAAGGAACCCGGGGUCCAACCGGCUCGAGCCCGAGAUUCGCAUCGUCGUCCUCAACGAUAUGAACCUGGACACGCCUGCAAAGGACACCAGCCUGCAGGAUGCGACGUACAACUUCAUCAACACCGUCAUUGGAACCUCGGCCGCUGUCGAAUACGCGGGCAUCUUCACCCUCGUCUUGACGCAUAUUCCUCUCUAUAAGCCCGAGGGUGUCUGUGUCGACGCACCCUUCUUCGACUUUCACGGCGAGGAGGAUGGGGGCGGCGUGAAGGAGCAGUACCUGCUGAGUGCGGACGCCAGCAAGGGCUUCCUCGAGGGCUUCUUCGGCAUGAACAAGGACCCCAACGCAGCUGGCGGCGGACGAGGCCGGAAGGGCCUGAUCCUCAACGGGCACGAUCACGAGGGCUGCGACACGUGGCACUUUAUCAACCAGACAAACGGCACAGACCCCAGUGAGCGCUCCUGGGAGGUGGCGAGGUGGCGUGAGGCCCAGGCGCGCGGACUGCCAAACCUGACGGCCUCGGGCGUCCCGGGCAGGCGAGAGAUUACGGUGCGCAGCAUGAUGGGCGACUUUAGCGGAAACGCAGGCCUGCUCAGCAUGUGGUUCAACGAGGAGACGUGGGAGUGGGAGUACGAGUUUGCCAACUGUCGCCUGGGCACACAGCACUUUUGGUGGUUCGUCCACUCGCUGGACUUUGGCGUCGUCGUCGUCUUGUUGGUGUACGUUGUGAUUAGCCUGCUGGAGGCCGUGGGAGUCGACGUGGACGCACGACUGCUGAGGUUUGCGCCGUGGUGGUAUCAGAAGAGCGACGAUGAUUACGCGGUGGUGCAGAAUGGGCAUGUCAUGAUAAAAGGGUGA